AUGUCCAUUAAUCGAGUGCAAAAGUUGCUGUUCUCCGAAUACUGCGACUUUGAAGAUUUGGUCUUGAUCGAAAGUCCGUUCGCGCAAACCACCAAGGAGGGCCGCGGGCUCCGGCAGGUCCAUUUGGGUUUGACGCCGUCAAAACUAAUACUAGCAACCGACAUCCUGCCUCCGAUCCAGCUGGAAAAUGUUGCGUACAAUCCAUGCAUCGAUCCGGAAACAGAAACUUUCGAACUGAUUGCCAUUUAUCCAGUGGAGUGCGUCAACUUGAGUAUCUACAGACGCAAAAGGAGACAGGCGAUCAAAGCUCGUUUCUGCAAUAAUCGGGUACAGUAUUUUGAACUUGGCGGCUUUGAACGUCGUGGCAUGUUCUGGAACUUGUGGUGCGAAAAAGUAAAGUUUCUAUGCCCUGGAGAUUCUGGAACGUCUCGCUCGGAAACUUCCGUCGCAACUUCGACCACCGGCAGCAGCUUGUACUUGGUGGACAAGAAAGUAGUCAGCCUGAACGGCAUCAAACAGUUAUGGUGCAAAUUCGGACCCAACUUUGGAGUGAAUACGCGUUUCAUCAAUGAGGUGGUAGCUGCUAACAGUCAGACUCGGGUAAAGAACUGGACAGACCGAUAUCUCUAUUUAGGUCGGAAUUUCCUGGAAUCUUCUCUGGAUUAUCAGCCCAUCAUGCGGUUGCCCCAUUUAAGAGAGUUUGUUAAAUCCAAAAAGGGACCAAAAAAGUCAAUCGAGCUCGCAUGUCCUGCGCUGGCCGAAGAGAAGAACCUUUCAUUUGGAGCAAGUGUGCAGGUCAACAGGUUCGGAUCUGGAAUAUUGGAAGGUUGCGGAACCGGCUUGUAUUUAACAUUCGACGACUAUAUCGUUCCCAGACGAUUCAGCUCAACCAUCUUCAGAAGCACUUCUUCCAAUCUGAGCAUCGACUGCGGCUCGAUUGAUUAUGAAGAAAUUGCCGAAACCGCCGUUCUUCUUUGGGAGUAUUACGGUCUCACCACCAAUCGCAAGAUGCGACAUAGGAGAAGGUAUGGAUAUGCCCCAAAGCCGUUGUUCCUCUAUGGAUUGGGCCCUUGGACUGUCUCGCAAGGGGACCGAACCUCCUUACAGUUGAAGAGGGCCCUAUCGGAUGUAAAUAUGAGGAAGCAGAAUGCGGACAAGGAGUUGAAGCUGCCGGUCUCUAAGCGCCAGCUUUGUGCCACUGUGUCCAGUCCCGUGCUAACUGAUGACGACAACUUCCGCACUAACAAUAUUAUAAACGCGCCUAAGAAGCCAGUGAUUUUCUUCUGGACUCCCGGCUACUGGUACAGGCCGAUUUCAGCUAAAGAUGCCUACGGCGAGUUGCAGAAGCACCUGAAGAAGAUUAGGAACCAUCAUGAAUCGGAACUGAAGCGUAAAAAUUGGUGCUUAGGGAAGAGAUGCACUACUGGACGAAGGUUUUUGAAGCGAUUCAGCACCAGCAAAGCCAAGGAAUCGGAUGACGACAACGAAAACUAUCUAAUGGAGAAAAAGAAAAGGAAGCCGAGCUUCAUCUCCAAUAUGUUGGGGUCCAAGUUUGAAGAUUGGGCAGACUUGGCUCAAUGUAAGCGUCCCGGUGAGUCCCCGCUGCAAUUCAUGAAACGAAUUCUUCAACUGGACGUCGAGCUGACUGCUUGGGACUUUGAUUCUACAACGGUGGCUCAACAGCUCACGAUGAUUGACAAGGAUUUGUUUUUGAAAGUCUCCCCGUCUGAAUUGAGCAAUCUUUUGUGGCAACAAAGUUGCCAAAACGCCCCAAAUGUUGGGGCCAUGAUUGCAUUUUCGCACCGGAUUAGCUGCUUGACCGCCAGCGAGAUUCUUCGCCACGAUACGGAAAAGACUCGGGCAAGACUAAUGGCCAGAUUCAUCAAUAUUGCCAACAAGUGCCAUCGCAUAUCAAACUUUCAUUCAUGUCGUUCGGUGUUGAGCGGAUUGCAGAGCCCGGCGAUAUUCAGGCUGCGAAGAACAUGGGCCUAUGUGAGGAAGAAACACUCUUCCAAAUAUCAUUGCAGGGCCUUUGAGUUUCUCUGCCGGCUGUACAGAGACCCCAGAAUGCCGUCCUACCAGAAAACCUUCUUUGUUUUCUCCCAAAAUCCGCCCUAUUUGCCCUACAUUGGGCAUCUGAUCGCCAAAUUGUUCGACAAAGUGCCCGAGUACAAGGUGGAGACCUUCCACAGACCAGCUUCGCGUCAACUCAGUUUUUGUACAACAAAAUCCUUCCAUUCCGGUUCAUCGAAAAGUGAGGCGCUGGUGGUGAAGGAGCCCAUUCAGCCCAAUUUAUUCGCGAAGAUAUUCAGCGUAUUUUCAGCCAAUGAGGGUGCAGGAGAUUUCGAUAAGCCGAAAGCGGUGGUAAAAAAGAGUCGACCUGCCACUAGAAGGGUGAAGUUUAAGGGCCUGUACGAGUACUUUGCGCCGUUGGGGAUGCACCAAGACAAUCGACGGGAACGACUGGAGGAAGUUACGGAGUUAUUGGAGAAAAGCCAACUGGGGGCCCUCAACUACAAUUUCAGCCAGAAUGCAUUGGCUAGGGAUUUUUUGCUGAAAACUCGACACUUUGAUGAUCAGGGCAAUUUCUUCAAUUCCUUAUGCAUGGAAUCGUCAUCGAGGCCCAAUACCACUAGAAAUAAACGUGAAUAAGUUGUAAAAAA